GAGACGCUCUUCUUCGCACACAGCUCUACACACGGCACUGUUCUACUUGCACAGAGCCUUCUUUUUUUGGAGAUAAAAAAAACCCUACCUGAACCGGGACGGAGACGGUACCCGACCGGAUGUGCCGUUCUCGAUCGUGCCGUGAUCGGGCCCAAGCGUGUGAAUCGUGCUUUGUCAAUCCGACGAUGUUCGACGAUGUGAAGAAAAAGAAGUGUGUAUGCUCAGUGAAUAGAAAAUAGUGCGAAAAGUAGUAGUAGCCGUGAAUUGAAAGGAUCAUCACGCGGCCGAUCGCCGUGUGGAAAGAAAGGGAAAGAAACGCGUCAGUGUGUUGUGGGGUGUAAUUACGGGUGCGCGCGUGGUGCAGUUUGAAGGGGUGGAGGUGUCGUUAUUUUGGGUAAAUUAUCGGUGAAAGAGAAACGGAGUGAAUUUUUCGUGGAACCAACCCUCUCGAUGGCUCAAGAAGAAGCUCCUUUGAUUGCGAGUGUGUGAGAUAGUGUGGAAAUAGUGGUGUGAUUAGCGCAAUUUGCGUGUAAAUGUACGUAAGGGCUCCCCCGUAAGCAAAGGCUACUUACUACUACGCGUGAAACGGAAAACGUGCGUGCUUGUGUUCGGAUUUUGGAAGUUAAAACUUCGCAAUUGAAACCCACCAAGGGUUAAUAGGAUCAUAAAAGAGGGUUAACAAAGGGCUAACGAUGCCGGAAUGCCGGUUGAUUGGAAGUGAAUACUAAGAAACCCUAAGGGAAAAUUGUGGCCCGGCACAAACACGGUACAAUAUGGCGUACGUUGUUUGGCGCGUGCUUUUGAAGCAGUAUUCGAAGGUUCGGCUCGGCGUUCAGAGGAACCCAUCGGUAGAAGAUGAACUUUCCCCAACAACUCGGCGCACCAAAUCGUUCGACGACCAGACGUGGAAAGUGCACGACGAAACGGUGAAUCUAUCGGCUAACAUCUCCGCCAUCUCUACAACCGCGCUGGCGAUCCGUUCGCCCCAAGUAGACUACGACCUGGAGUCUUACGGUAGUUCCCGGGAACCCCGGUCAAGAUCCUCCGCACUGGACGAAGUGUUGGUAGUGGCAGGCAGUGAAGAUCCUGCCGGUGAUGGCCCCAGCUCCAGUCUGAACCGUGGCGAGGUGCGCAAAAGCCGUUCCAAGAUGAAGAACUACCUGAAACGCUGUAAGGACGUGCUGAUUAGUGGUGUGGUUGGACAUGCUGGAGCUGGUAGUGCCGGAAAUGCAUCGAACACAACCGCCACGGAGGAUCAGACACAGGACGUGGUGGUGUAUCGUGCACAGGGCGACGACUCACAGCCCAACAGUACGUCCUGUUGGUACUUGGACGAUAAUCUAAUGGAGCUUCGGCCGGAAGACAAUCGCGAGCCGUACUCCUCGCUCGCUUCAGCCCGCCUGAAGUCGGAGUCGGAGGAGGUACGAAAGGCUCGGGAGCGAACAACUUCAGAAGCUGCCGAAGUUCCGACUGCAACGGCGCUCACCGCCGUCACAACUACCUCAAGCAGUAGUGUAGCCAAAAUUGGAGAAGGAAUCACACGGGAGAUGCACCGUCAGCCUCAACCGUCCAUCGAAUGCUCUGCCAGUGUGCUUGAAGCUUUAGCGGCGGCUGCAACCGAGAGCGUAGAGAUGCAGAUGCAGUCGGAUGCGCUACCGGACUGUGGGCUGACGGUGGGGCCGUUUGCGCCGACCGCAGCCGACCGUUUAUCAUCGGCGCACGGCGGUAGCGGCAGCAUCGAGAGCCUGAUCGACCAUUACCUCGGGCCACUGUAUCCGGACUACGCGGACCACACGCGCCCGAUGCUGAUCCGGCAGGCGCGCGAUCUGCUCGUGUGCACAUUUCACGGCGAUCUGGAGCGGUUCGAGGGCGACUUCCUGCGUCCGGCCACCGAUAUCGUUCGCGAGCUGCGAUGCGCUUAUCAACGCGGCAAGGUAUGUCAGCUUACAGUUGAAGAAUUCGUCCCGCUGAACUCAGUAGACCUAAGCUGGUGUGACGGUUGGCCACUGGCUGUCGCGGGAGCCCUGGUGCUCCAUCUGGGGGCUCUUGAUGAAUCGCUGGUCCGGUCGCAGGAUACGUACCUUUGCAUUCGACCCGAGCCGGACACGAGCAAACCCGAGCUCUAUGCAGUUUGGCGUGGCACAAGCCCACCCUCAGCAGCAGCAGCAGCAGCAGCAGCAGGAGCAGCCCCAGCCUCGUCUACCGUUGCGUGUAGCAGCGCAACCACCCAACCACCACACCCAUCGAUCGUGUACCGUCGGUUGGAUCCGAUCCGCGAUCCGGUCACCCCUCUAGCUGUGGAGAUGCUGACGGAAGAUCUGCCCGCCCUACUGCAAAACCUCCUGGUCGGCAUCGAGCGGGCGAUCAGCCGCGUCCCGCUGGAGGACCUUUCCUUUCCCACGCCGGACGGAGGGCUUACGGUGCCCGCUAGCGUCACCACCACCGCCACCACUGCCCCGUCCGAUCCCGAUGGCGACGAGAACGGGGAGCUGCUGAAUGAAGCGGGCCGCAGCCCGGCAGCCAACAACAGCACGCCCGGCACACCCAAGCUCGGCCUGCUGAAGCGUCGCGAACUGAUCACCAAAAACAACAAGCUGCUAAUCAACAGCAAGUACACGCAGCUGAAGCGACAGCCGCUGGCGGCGACCGUCGUUUCCGGUGCGAACCUGUCAACGGCCGGCAGCCACCAGCACCGGCCGGGGGCGAUCGGCGGCAAUCAAAACGGCCACGGCGGCACCGGUGGAAAAAGUGAAAAUGCGCCACAAAUCGGCAGCAAUCAGUGUAAUGACGGCCUAAGCGUAACCAUCUGCGACACCGGCGGCGUUGAGGGUGGUGGUGGAGGGCUGGCAGGAGAUAAUCAGCAAUCAACAGCUGUGGACGCUGGUGCCUCAGCAGCAGCAGCAGCAGUAACACCAUCGGCAGGGAUGCCACUAUUCUGUCUGGGAGGUUCCUUUCCACACAUCGACAGCGACGAGGAGAGCAGCGACGAGCAGAAGAAGUGUGACCCAGCACCUCAUCUGCCACCACCGCACGAGAUCGUUGCGCCGCGUUCGAUCCGCGAGCUACCAGAGAAACUUUUGACGUCAGGAAUUUCAAUACCAGGAACGCACGAUCGCUCCGGUACGCCAAUCAUCUACAUCGAGGUGGAGAAAAUGCUCGCAUCGGGCCUGAACUGUUACGAAAUUGCCACCGUGCUACUGUACUACAACACUCUGCCGAUCCAAAGACCCACCCAUUACGCGCUUCACCUGCUGGUGAACGAAAGUGGGCAGCUUCACUUUCUCGACACGAUCGAGAGCACGCUGCAACUGCUCGACGGCCAUCUGAAGCUGUCCGCCGUCUUUGUCUCGGGCGGGUAUGACGCCGGUGGUGUCGAUCAGCAGCAGCAGCAUCAUCCACCGAAGGAGUACCUUCGGCCGGGCAGCGUACGCGUCCGCUAUCUGAACAACGAAACGGUGAAGAACUUUAUCAGCACGGACAAUCUGCCGAUCCAGUGCUGCGGGUUUUACGUGCACGAUCAGCGCGAGUGGGUCGACUUCUUCCAGCUGCUCGAGCAGCUCCAGCAGCAGUGCGUUGAGACGGGGCGCCGCCUAGUGGCCGUGCUGGGUGACUUGCGCGGUGUCGAGUCGCAGACGAACCAGAAUCAGAACCAGCAGCAGCAGCAGCAGCAAUCGCACCACCAUAACCACCUCCAGAACGGUACAGCAACCACCCGCCGUCAGCUGCACUCGCAGCACCGGGCGCUCAGCCGGGCGCUGAUGGACUCGGAGCUGCAGAGCCUGCGCCGCAAGGGCCCGAACACGAUCCAGCGGCUGCAGGACAAGCUGACGGUGAUCAACAAUAGACAAACGCUUAAGCAAACCAAAAAUUUAGUUAGAGCCCUUAGUGUAGAUAGUAGCGCGCGCGGUAGCGUUAACGGAGGAGGCACCAACGGCACCGAAAGCACCACCAACGGCGUCGGUGGCGUCGAGCAGGACAUUAUUAAUGGCCGGCUAGCGGAGGUGAUUGCCAUCUACGGGGAGGUGGAUCGGGCGGCCCGCAAACUCGAGCAGCUGACCGAACAGCGCCGGGAGCGGCUGCGCGAGAUGACCCGCCAGCGCGCCCUGGACGACGAAAUCAAUGAGGUCAUUUGCUGGAUGCGCAACGAAGGUGAACAGUCGCUGCGUACGUUCAGCGAUCCGGCCGCGCUGGAGUGUCCCGAUGCGGCCAAGGAGAGCGAGACGCAGUUCGAGCAGUUCUACUACACCGCCCGCAAGCACGUCAGCAAGGGCCGCGACCUGUGCGACGCGUCCGGCGAGCUGGAGAUAAUGCGCGACAACCUGAAGCUGCUGAAGGACUGCGUGGACGAGUUCCAGGAGCGGUUGGAGCGGGUGCGCGAACGGAUCGAAGGUGCGGCCCGGCUGCACAGCCUGCUCGGCAUGCAGCAGCUCAAGCUGGACGAUGACAUCCGGACGGAGAUGCUGAAGCUGGCGGAGAAGAUCGACGCACCGGGUCGGUUGAUCGAGCGCUGCCGGCGUCUGUCGAUGCCACACGGCGGUGGUGAUCAGCACGAUAGUUCAUCCGGAAAGGAGGAGGACAGUUCCGUGAGCAGUGGACAGCACUUCCUCAACCAUCAGAAUCAUCCUAACAAUAGUAGCAACCACAACAACAGUACCAGUGAUAAUAUAAGUUUAGAUAUAAGCAUGUCGGAUGAUACGAUCACCGCCACCAGCACGCCGGAGAAGGGCAAGCUCGGGCAGUGCUUACCGCCACCGCCACCAUUACCAGCUCUGGCGACGCCUCUGCCAACGCUUACCGAGCAGGGUGACGAUCAAGGACAGGAUGCGAGCCAGGGUGUGACGAUGAGACAUCCGAAGGGACAUCAUCAUCACCAUCACCACCAUCACCACCAUCAUCACCAUCAGCGGCACGACGAGGAGGAUGAGGAGCUGUCGAAGAUGGCGGACUCGGGGCUGGGCGGUUGCGAUCGGUGCGAGGGUAACGCGAAGCUCGAACGGACCUGCUCCUGCCAGAGCUUCGACGAUCCGAAGAACGUUUGCAACAACAGUGACGAUCUGGAUGAGGAUUGCUUUGAGGGCAUCUCAAAGCCACCGCUGGAUCUGCAGAUACCGCUGCAGGCGAAUGCGCAUCUCUACUGCCAUGCGUCCAACCUGCAGCUAGACUACGAGGAGAACAAUCCUUUCGACCAGAAGACGCAAAAAACGCUUCUAUUGAUCAUGCGCGAAAUGAUUGGCACAGAACGCGACUACGUCCGCUCGCUGCAGUACGUGAUCGAGAACUACACGCAGGAGCUGUUGCGCGAGGACAUUCCGCAGGCGCUGCGCGGCCAGCGGAACGUCAUCUUCGGCAACAUCGAGCGGAUCUGCGAGUUUCAUCGGCAGCACUUUCUAAGCGAGCUGGAAAGCUGCGAGCAUCACCCGCUAAAGGUAGGGACCGCGUUCCUGCGGCACGAGUCCAAGUUCUACCUGUACGCGCUGUACAACAAGAACAAACCGAAGAGCGACUCGCUGAUGAGCGAAAACGGCACGCAGUUCUUCAAGACGAAGCAGAUCGAGCUGAACGACAAGAUGGACCUUGCCUCGUACCUGCUGAAACCGGUCCAGCGGAUGGGCAAGUACGCGCUGCUGCUACAACAGCUCAUGAAGGCGUGCGCUGAUUUGCAGCACACGAAUAGCAAUGCGGAGAUACUGGAAGAUCUGGAGAUGCUGCAGAAGGCGGAAGAGAUGGUACGGUUCCAGCUGCGCCACGGUAACGAUCUGCUCGCGAUGGACAGUCUGCGCGACUGUGACGUGAACGUGAAGGAGCAAGGGCGGUUGUUGCGCCAGAACGAGUUCCUCGUUUGGGAGGGAAAGGCAGGCAAGAAGUCGCUCCGGCAGGUGUUCCUGUUCGAGGAGCUGGUACUGUUCAGCAAGGCGAGACGAUUCCCGGACCGGAAGAAUUUGGACAUCUACAUCUACAAAAACAGCAUUAAAACGUCCGACAUUGGGCUGACGGCGCAUGUCGGUGAUUCGCCCUACCGGUUUGAGAUUUGGUUCCGCAAGCGCAAACCGGGCGACACCUGGACACUGCAGACGAUGAGCGAGGACGUGAAGAAUGCGUGGACGGAGGAAAUCUCCAAGCUGCUGUGGAAGCAGGCCAAGCGAAAUCGUGAAAUUCGGCUAGCGGAGAUGUCCUCGAUGGGCAUCGGUAGCAAGCCGUGUCUGGACAUACGCCCGAGUCAGGAUCAAAUUAACGAUCGAUCGAUCAGCAUCUCGCAGCUUGGAAAGGCACCGAAACUGCGCAACUCCUUCAUGGGCACGCUGCCCGAAUCGAAGUCCAGCAAACGACCACAGUCGAUCAUUUCCGUAAGUUCUUCGUCGUCGGGCAGUUCGUCGGUUAGUACAGGAACGAGUUCCACGACGAGUGGAUGCGAGGCCACGACUGUGAGCGUUAGCGGUAACAGUAAUAGCUCCUCGGGUACGUCCUCUGCUGUUAGUAAUAGUGGCAGUAGCAGCAGCAGUAGCAGUAGCAGCAGUAGUGGCAGCAGCAGUGCUAGCAGCACCACAACGACCAGCAUCACGACCGCCGGCAAGCGGUUAACGCUCAGCAUCACCGACCCGAAUGCUCCGGCACCUCUGAAGACGAGCUACAAGAAGCAUCAGCGUUCAACGACACUCGUGAGCCAAUGUUCUAUGGAGAGUGGCAUAAUAGCUGAUAUUUCGCUCAGCCCGGACGAGGUGCUGGACAAUCCGCACUGGCCACACCACCAUCCCCAUCACCACAACAACAACAACAACAACAACCAUCACUUACCAAAGCAUACCAACCUGAAGAAGACGCACAGUCUGGCGUCCUCCACACACAGCUCUGGCCCUAUCUCGCUGCCCAUCACGCUGCUACCGUCCGAGGACGGCACGAAGGGUGUCGACGGUAAGCCGGACACCCUGUCACCGACGGUUGAGCCAGCCGGCGACAACGGCACUACCAUAACGGUGCAUCUUUAAACUCCAUAACUCCACUAUUGGAAUUCAAAAAAAAACAAAAAAAACCUGUACAAACCGUUCCUGGUCCUUGUGUGUGUGCGUGCGCGUGUAUCUCUGAGUGCAUGACUGCUGUGUGUAUGUUUGUUUGCGCGUGUGCGUGUGUGUGUGUAUUUUAGAGAUUUAAGAUUUAAUGGCCACAUUCGCGUGACUACUUGUAAGAGUAUAGGGAGCUGAAGAAGAAGAAGAAGAAGAAUUAGGAGAUCGCGUUAUUAUCGAUUACUUUUCAUUACUAAAUCACUAAAUUAAAUAAUGGAUAGUAUUACGCUUAGUUUGUAAUGUCUAUUAUUUUACCUUAUACAAACAGUAACGAGUAAAUUAAGAGUUUUGCACGCUUGCAUGUGUAUAAUAAGGCGCCGAAAAAGCAUAUUGUUAGCAAGGCAGAGAGUAGUAAGUGUGUGUGUGUGCGGUAAGAAAAAACCAUGAAAAAAAUACAAAAACAAAAACUAAAAAAGUUUAAAACUACAAGGAAGCAGGAUUGAUUGUUGAGCAGGUGAAGGAAAUGAGAGAAAAAGGAUAAAUUAAAUUUACAAACAACAACAGCAACAAAAUAAACACACACAAGAAAGGAACAAAAUAGAAAAUCGGACAGGAAGAUAACACAAAACAUUCGAUAAGGAUCAGCUCUUAAUGUGAAGGAAAGUAAUUUAUUGUACUCUAGCGUGUUAACUUAUGUCUGUGUGUGUGUCGUUAGCGAGGGAGAGAAAAAAAACCAGCUGGAAUUGAUAACCGUAACGCAAAGCAGAACUUGGUUUUAGCUAAGACAUUGACGAUUUACUCUAUUCGUAUUUUAUUCCACAUUCUUGCUUGCUUUCCCUUUCUUUUAUAAAUUAUUAUUUCUUUUUGGAUAGUUGAAGCUGAGGCUGGAGACAGCACACAUAACACACUCAACAGUAAUGAAGGCGUGAGUUAGUUUUACCAACGAGAGAGAGAGAGAGAGAGAGAGAGAGAGAGAGAGAGAGAGAGAGAGAGAGAGCUAAAUAGUUUGUUUCAAAACAUUUUUAACAUAACUCCUUCAGGCAGCAGGUUCAUAUUCAUUUAAAUUAAAAAUAACUGACCUUCUUCCGUUCGUGCUUUGAAUUUCCGUUUUUAUUGUUUCCAUGUUUAUGAGCCUAGUUACAAAGUGAACGUGUUGCGUACAUGUUGCAACACUAACGCGUGUCUCUGCUAAGUGCUAUCCCUUAUUCGCUACUUUAUCCCAUUACUAAGUGUCGGUAGUGUAGGGAAAAUGGAGCAUGCGAAAGAGAACGGGCAGCAUUGUAGCAAGAGAUGGAAGGAUAUGUAAUAAGAAAUAUAUAGUAUUUUAUUUACCUGUAAAAA